CUCAGCUCUCCAUUUCAGUCCGAUCUGUUGUGUUUUGCGGGCCGCCGUCCACUCUGACCUCUUAAGACUCUUUGAGAAGAAAUGGAAACACCUUGACGUAACUCCCGGCACAAACGGCUCUAUACCCUGUAUUUGAACCCAGAAGAAUUAUUCAUACACUUGUCGAUCGUCUCUCUGUCGAAAAGAGCAAAAACGGUAGAGAGACUUCAUGUCCCAGAAAUCCCUGUGAACGUCAGCACUUCCUCUUAAGUGUGUUCCCUUUCCCAUUCUCUCUCUCUGGUUGGUUGGAUGAGUCCCAAACAGCGACACAACUGAUUGGGUGUUGAGCCAGACCGGGUAGCCAACGGGAAGCUAGGCUAGCCAUCAUGGCCGAUGUGGACCCAGACACCCUGCUGGAGUGGCUGCAGAUGGGUCAGGGUGAUGAGCGUGACAUGCAACUCAUUGCUCUGGAGCAACUGUGCAUGCUACUGCUCAUGUCAGAUAACGUUGACCGCUGCUUUGAGACAUGUCCUCCUCGGACGUUCCUUCCAGCGCUCUGUAAGAUCUUCUUGGAUGAGAGUGCUCCAGAUAACGUGCUGGAGGUUACAGCCCGAGCAAUAACCUACUACCUGGACGUGUCGGCAGAAUGUACCCGCAGGAUUGUGGGAGUGGAUGGGGCCAUCAAAGCGCUGUGUAAUCGACUGGUGGUAGUGGAGUUGAACAACAGGACCAGCAGAGACCUGGCUGAGCAGUGUGUCAAGGUGCUGGAGUUGAUCUGUACCAGAGAGUCUGGUGCAGUGUUUGAGGCAGGCGGGCUGAACUGUGUGCUGAGUUUCAUCCGAGACAGUGGGCACCUUGUUCAUAAAGACACUCUGCACUCAGCCAUGGCCGUUGUGUCCCGCCUUUGCAGCAAAAUGGAGCCCCAGGACUCUUCUCUGGAGACCUGUGUCGAGUCUCUGUCUAGCCUCCUCAAACACGAAGACCACCAGGUGUCAGAUGGUGCUUUGCGCUGCUUUGCCUCACUGGCUGACCGGUUCACACGUCGUGGUGUAGACCCUGCCCCUUUAGCCAAACAUGGUUUGACAGAGGAGCUGCUGUCCCGCAUGGCGGCUGCUGGAGGCACAGUGUCAGGCCCCGCCUCUUCCUGCAAGCCAGGCCGGCCUUCAGCAGGUGCAGGCCCCUCGGCUUCUGACUCGAAAUUGAGUAACCAGGUGUCUACCAUUGUCAGCCUGCUGUCCACACUCUGCAGGGGGUCUCCGCUAGUGACACAUGACUUGUUGCGUUCAGCACUGCCCGAUUCGAUGGAGUCAGCACUGGGAGGAGAUGAGCGCUGUGUACUGGACACCAUGCGGCUGGUUGACCUCCUGCUGGUGCUCCUGUUUGAGGGGCGGAAAGCGCUGCCAAAGUCCACAGCAGGGUCGACGGGCAGGAUCCCAGGGCUGCGACGUCUGGACAGUUCUGGGGAGAGAUCACACCGACAGCUCAUCGACUGUAUCCGUAGCAAGGACACAGAUGCUCUCAUCGAUGCCAUUGACACUGGAGCAUUUGAGGUGAACUUUAUGGAUGAUGUCGGACAGACGCUGCUCAACUGGGCUUCAGCUUUCGGCACGCAAGAAAUGGUUGAGUUUCUUUGUGAGAGAGGAGCAGAUGUCAAUAGAGGUCAGAGGUCAUCCUCACUGCACUAUGCUGCCUGUUUUGGACGCCCGCAAGUAGCCAAGACUCUCCUGCGUCAUGGAGCCAACCCUGACCUGAGGGAUGAGGAUGGAAAAACACCUCUGGACAAGGCUAGGGAGAGGGGACACAGUGAAGUUGUAGCUAUACUGCAGUCUCCUGGAGACUGGAUGUGUCCAGUGAACAAGAGUGAUGACAAGAAGAAAAAAGAUGUUAACAAAGAGGAGGAGGAGGGCAGUGAACCCAAAGGAGACCCAGAAAUGGCUCCUAUCUACCUAAAGAGACUUCUGCCUGUUUUUGCACAAACAUUUCAGCAUACCAUGCUGCCUUCUAUUAGGAAAGCUAGUCUGGCUUUGAUCAGGAAAAUGGUUCACUAUAGCAGCGAAGUGCUCCUGAAGGAGGUGUGUGACAGUGAGGCGGGACAUAACUUGCCCACGGUGCUGGUGGAGAUCACAGCUACUGUCCUCGAUCAAGAGGACGAUGACGACGGUCACCUUCUGGCUCUGCAGAUCAUAAGGGAUCUGGUGGAUAAGGGUGGAGAUGUUUUCCUUGACCAGCUGGCUCGACUAGGCGUCAUCAACAAGGUGUCGACUUUGGCUGGACCAGCGUCUGAUGAUGAGAACGAGGAUGAAGCAAAGCCUGAGAAGGAGGAAGAGGUGCAGGAGGAUGCUAGGGAGAUUCAGCAGGGGAAGCCAUACCACUGGAGGGACUGGUCCAUCAUCAGAGGCAGGGACUGUCUCUACAUCUGGUCUGACGCUGCUGCCCUUGAGCUCUCCAAUGGCUCCAACGGCUGGUUCAGGUUCAUCCUGGAUGGGAAGCUAGCCACCAUGUACUCCAGCGGAAGUCCAGAAGGGGGAUCGGACAGCUCCGAGUCUCGCAGCGAGUUCUUGGAGAAGCUACAACGGGCACGGAGUCAGGUGAAGCCAGUAACAGCCAGUCAGCCCAUCCUGUCCAGUGUUGGCCCCACCAAGCUGACCGUAGGGAACUGGUCUCUGACCUGCCUGAAGGAUGGAGAGAUUGCUAUCCACAACUCAGAUGGGCAGCAGGCCACCAUCCUGAAGGAAGACCUGCCUGGCUUCGUCUUUGAGUCUAACAGAGGAACCAAGCACUCUUUCACAGCAGAAACAUCCUUGGGCUCAGAGUUUGUGACUGGUUGGACGGGGAAGCGAGGCAGGAAGUUAAAGUCAAAACUGGAGAAGACAAAGCAGAAGGUGAAAAGUAUGGCAAGAGAGCUAUAUGAUGAUCACUUCAAAGCUGUAGAAAGCAUGCCCAGAGGAGUGGUGGUUACUCUCCGGAACAUUUCAACACAGCUGGAGUCUGCUUGGGAGCUGCACACCAACAGACAGUGUAUUGAAGGGGAGAACACAUGGAGGGACCUGAUGAAAACGGCUCUGGAAAACCUGAUUGUAGUUUUGAAGGAUGAAAACACGAUUUCUCCAUAUGAGAUGUGUAGCAGUGGCUUGGUCCAGGCUCUGUUUACAGUCCUUAACAAUAGUGUGGAACUGGACCUGAAACAUGAUUGUAAGCCUUUAAUGGAAAGAAUCAAUGUCUUUAAGGCGGCUUUCAGCGAGAAUGAAGAUGAUGAAAGCCGACCAGCUGUUGCCUUAAUCCGUAAACUGAUAGCUGUCCUGGAGUCAAUAGAACGCCUACCUCUGCACCUGUACGACACUCCGGGAUCCUCAUACAACCUGCAGAUUCUUACACGGAGAUUGCGGUUCCGGCUGGAGCGAGCGCCGGGAGAGACGGCCCUGAUCGACCGGACAGGUCGUAUGUUGAAGAUGGAACCACUUGCAACUGUGGAGUCUCUGGAGCAGUACCUGCUGAAGAUGGUGGCAAAGCAGUGGUACGACUUCGAGCGCUCAUCCUUUGUCUUUGUGCGGAAGCUGAGGGAAGGGCAGACUUUCACUUUCAGGCACCAACACGAUUUUGAUGAAAAUGGUAUCAUCUAUUGGGUCGGAACAAACGCCAAGACUGCCUACGAGUGGGUAAACCCCGCAGCUUAUGGCCUAGUGGUGGUGACCUCUUCAGAGGGCCGGAAUCUCCCCUACGGGAGACUGGAAGACAUUCUCAGUCGGGAUAGCUCUGCUCUGAAUUGCCACACAAAUGACGACAAGAAUGCCUGGUUUGCUAUCGACCUUGGCCUGUGGGUCAUUCCCUCAGCAUACACUCUGAGGCAUGCCAGGGGUUAUGGCCGCUCUGCGUUGAGGAACUGGGUCUUUCAGGUGUCCAAAGACGGUCAGAACUGGACGACUCUUUACACCCACGUAGAUGACAGCAGCCUAAAUGAACCCGGGUCGACAGCCACGUGGCCUCUGGACCCAUCUAAAGAAGAGAAGCAGGGCUGGAGGCACAUCAGAAUUAAACAGAUGGGAAAGAACGCCAGCGGCCAGACACACUAUCUGUCACUAUCUGGACUUGAGCUGUACGGCAAUGUCACUGCAGUCUGUGAGGACCAGCUGGGUAAAGCUGUGAAGGAGGCAGAAGCAAACCUUCGCCGCCAGCGCCGCCUGUUUCGUUCUCAGGUGAUGAAGUACAUCGUACCAGGGGCACGGGUUGUUCGGGGCAUCGACUGGAAGUGGCGCGACCAGGAUGGAAACCCACCUGGAGAGGGCACCGUUACUGGAGAGGCUCACAAUGGCUGGAUUGAUGUAACCUGGGAUGCUGGCGGCUCUAACUCUUACCGUAUGGGCGCUGAAGGGAAGUUUGACCUCAAGCUUGCUCCAGGGUACGACCCUGAGUCGGCUGCCACAGCGCCGUCACCCAAACCUGUCUCAUCCACUGUUUCAGGCCCCGCCUCCACCACGGUGGGACCCUCUGUGACGCAGGCGGCGAGCGGCGGCGGUACCACCACCACCUCAUCAUCUUCCUCCUCCACAUCGUCAUCCUCGCUUCAGCAGUCAUGGAGCAGUCUGGUUAAAAAUAACUGUCCUGAUAAGGGCGGGGCCUCAUCGCUUGGGGGUGCCAGCUCCUCCAGCAGAAAGGGGAGCAGCAGCUCUGUCUGCAGUGUCGCCUCCUCCUCUGACAUCAGCCUAAGUUCCUCCGCUGGUUUUCCAGGUGCAGGAGGUCUGCGACUGGAGAGAAGAACUGACGGGCUAGUGCUUGACCAAGGGACAGGGAUAGGAGGAGUAAUGGGAGGCGGGGUUGGCUCUGAUGGACAUCAGCAAGAGCCAAUUGUCGUUCUGUCCUCUGCAGCAGAGGGCGGAUCUGGUUCAGCAUCCAGCUCAGGCACACUUACUGGUGAUGCAUCCACCACAGCAGAUGAAACCAGAAACAAAGACUCAUCCACAGCAAUGGCCACCACUGACCCGGCAACAGCGAUCUCCAUGGGGCUAGUGAGCGUGAGCUCCCCUGAUGUUAGCUCGGUGUCGGAGUCAUCUAGCAAGGACACGCCUUCCCAGAGGCCUAUGUGCUCGGUGGCUAAUGCCCGGCUAUCGGUCAGCUCCCUCUUGGCUGCCGGCGCUCCCAUGAGCUCCAGUGCCAGCGUCCCUAAUUUGUCAUCUCGCGAGGCCAGCUUGAUGGAGUCCUUCGUCCGCCGCGCACCCAACAUGUCGCGCACCAAUGCCACAAAUAACAUGAACCUGAGCCGCAGCAGCAGCGACAACAACACCAACACGCUGGGCAGAAACGUCAUGAGUACUGCCACUUCUCCUCUCAUGGGUGCUCAGAGCUUUCCUAACCUCACCACCACUGGCACCACCUCCACCGUUACCAUGUCCACCUCCAUAGUAACCAGCAGCAAUAAUGUAGCCACAGCCACCACGGGUUUGUCGGUGGGCCAGUUACUAAGCAACACCCUUACAACCAGCCUGACGUCUACAUCCAGCGAGAGCGACACGGGCCAGGAGGCCGAGUUCUCUCUCUAUGACUUUCUGGACAGCUGCCGUGCCAACACACUGUUGGCUGAGCUGGACGAUGAGGAGGACCUCCCAGAGCCUGAUGACGAUGAUGAUGAGAACGAAGAUGACAAUCAGGAGGAUCAAGAGUAUGAGGAGGUCCUGGAAGAGGAGGAGUAUGAGACCAAAGGAGGACGCAGGAGGACAUGGGAUGACGACUUUGUCCUAAAGAGGCAAUUCUCUGCUCUGGUUCCUGCCUUUGACCCCCGACCAGGAAGAACCAAUGUCCAGCAGACCACAGACCUGGAGAUCCCUCCUCCAGGGACUCCUCGAUCCGAGGUUCAGGAGGAGGUGGAGUGUGCUCCCUCUCCUCACCUCGCUCUCACCCUUAAGGUGGCUGGGCUGGGUACAACCCGGGAGGUGGAGCUUCCUCUUACCAACUACAAGUCCACCAUCUUCUUCUAUGUCCAGCGGCUGCUGCAGCUCUCCUGCAACGGAGCUGUCAAGACUGAUAAACUAAGGCGCAUCUGGGAGCCCACGUACACGAUAAUGUACAGAGAGCUGAAAGACUCUGAUAAAGAGAAGGAGAGUGGAAAGAUGGAGUUUUGUGAACACAGCAUUGGGGUCGGGGGCCGUUCUGGUGGCCUGAGCCCCAGUUCAGUUUCAGCCAAUCAGAGCAGUGAGAUUCUGGGCGGUGCCAGGGAGGUGGCGCAGGCGAAGGCAGGAUGCAGCCAGAAUGCCUGUGGAGUGGAGGAUGUCCUGCAGCUACUGCGGAUCCUCUACAUCAUCGGAGGAGACUCGGCUGCUAACACGCGCACGUUGCAGGAGGAUAUAGAUGAGCUUCAGUUCAAUGCAUCUCCUGAAGAUUUCACCAGCAAAAAAAUCACUACAAAGAUCCUGCAACAGAUUGAGGAGCCUCUAGCCCUUGCAAGUGGAGCGCUGCCCGACUGGUGUGAACAACUCACCUCCAAGUGUCCUUUCCUCAUCCCUUUUGAGACCCGACAGCUCUAUUUUACCUGCACUGCUUUCGGAGCCUCCAGGGCAAUUGUGUGGCUCCAGAACCGUCGAGAGGCAACCAUGGAGCGUUCUCGGCCGUCCACCACAGUGCGGCGGGACGAUCCUGGUGAGUUCAGGGUGGGUCGACUGAAACAUGAACGAGUGAAAGUCCCCCGAGGAGAGACUAUGAUGGAAUGGGCUGAGUCCGUCAUGCACAUCCAUGCUGACCAAAAGUCUGUGCUAGAGGUGGAGUUUCAGGGUGAGGAGGGAACGGGUCUCGGUCCAACUCUGGAGUUUUAUGCUCUGGUGGCUGCAGAGUUUCAGAAAACGUCACUGGGAAUCUGGCUGUGUGAUGAUGACUUCCCUGACGAUGAGUCACGACAGGUGGACCUGGGUGGUGGACUGAAGCCUCCCGGUUACUAUGUGCAGCGUUCCUGUGGUCUAUUUCCAGCUCCGUUCCCUCAGGAUAGCGAGGAACUGGAGCGAAUCACCAAACUCUUCUACUUCCUGGGCAUCUUCUUGGCCAAGUGCAUUCAGGACAACCGGCUGGUCGACCUACCAAUAUCACAGCCCUUCUUUAAGCUGCUCUGCAUGGGGGACAUCAAGUCUAACAUGAGCAAGCUGCUAUACCAGUCUCGAAGCUCACCGCAGGGUAACGACCCUGAGCGGCCCCACUUGCAGCCCUUCUUGCUACUGUCUGAGGUGCAGUCUGAAGCAUCGACUGAGGAAAGCCAGGAGACGUACUCAGUGGGCAGCUUUGAUGAGGAUUCCAAAUCUGAGUUCAUCAUGGACCCACCAAAACCAAAACCUCCAGCUUGGUACCAUGGUAUCCUGACCUGGGACGACUUCCAGCUUAUCAACCCACACAGGGCGAGUUUCCUGAAGGAAGUAAAGGAUCUGGCAGUGAAGAGGAGGCAGAUUCUGGCCAGUAAGAGUUUGUCUGAGGAUGAGAAGAACACCAGGCUGCAGGACCUGAUGCUGAAGAACCCGCUGGGCUCUGGACCUCCCCUCAGUGUCGAGGACCUCGGGUUAAACUUUCAGUUCUGUCCAUCCUCCAAGGUUCAUGGUUUCUCUGCAGUGGAUCUCAAACCAAAUGGAGACGAUGAGAUGGUGUCCAUGGAGAAUGCAGAAGAGUACGUGGAGUUGAUGUUUGACUUCUGUAUGCACACUGGCAUCCAGAAACAGAUGGAGGCCUUCAGAGAGGGUUUUAAUCGAGUGUUUCCAAUGGAGAAACUAAGCUCUUUUAGCCAUAAGGAGGUGCAGAUGAUCCUCUGUGGCAACCAGUCCCCUUCCUGGACUGCUGACGACAUCAUCAACUACACAGAACCAAAGCUUGGUUACACCAGAGACAGCCCUGGCUUCUUGCGGUUUGUGCGAGUCUUAUGUGGAAUGUCAUCUGAUGAGCGUAAAGCCUUCCUGCAGUUUACCACUGGCUGCUCCACCCUGCCACCCGGUGGUCUAGCCAACCUGCACCCCCGACUCACCAUCGUCAGGAAGGUGGAUGCCACAGAUUCCAGCUACCCAUCUGUCAACACGUGUGUUCACUACCUGAAGCUGCCCGAGUACUCAUCUGAGGACAUCAUGAGGGAGCGCCUGUUAGCCGCUACCAUGGAGAAAGGCUUCCACCUCAACUGACCACCGCUGCCACACUGAGCAUGCUUCUCAAGUCAUCUGUCCGUCUCGCCUUGUGACUGACGGAUCAGCCAGCCAAUCCAAACCAGCUGACUGACUGACGGCCAGACCUCCUGCUACAGGAGGAGGAGGAUUUAUGUUGCAGAAACAAAAUGAAAGAAACGCUGUCACGUCUUUCACACCUCUCUGACCGCCUCCUUCAUCAGCAGCAGCAUCAUCUUCCUCACCAUCCUGAGCUGCUGCUGCUGGUCUGUUCCUAGCUUUGAUGCUGCAGGCUUGCGUGUGUGUGUGUGCGUGCGCGUGUGUGUGCUGAUCUCCUCCUCCUGUCUGCUCUCAGUUUGGUGCCUGGUUUGACUCGUAGCUUCUGUUUUCACUUCCUCCUCCCUGAAAUGUUCAUGGAUCCCCGCCUCCCCCCAUUUAUUGCUUUUUGUUUUUGUGUGUGUGCGACAGUUCUCUGGUUGUUACUGACCAGUUGUAAAGGUCAAAGGUCAGAGAGCCUUUGGUGUUUGUUUUACAAUGAAGCUAUAGAGACAAAAACACUGGCUGUGUGCAAGGCACAUCUAAAGAGAAAGAUUAAAAAAAAAAAGAAAGCUCUGCUAUCCCUGUAUUUUCUUUGUAUAUUAUAAACAUUUAUUUAACUCAAGUUGCAGUUUGAGGUAAACAGAUAUUUUCAAAUGUGUAUGCUCCAAAAAAAUAAUCAUUAAAACGUUUGCAAAGUAUGAAGUAAAGAA